AUAAGUAUCCAUUCAAACUUUCGGUAAAGUUGAAGGAGUGAUACUACGAAGUCGAAAAUUCCUUUCUUUGUUUUGCUUUCACUUUGUUUCCCAGGGCUAAAACUAACCCAAGCUUUGUAUUCUUGCUCCAUUUGUAUCUUUUCCCUUCCUUCUCUUUCCCACUCUAAACCAGGAAUUCAUGAGUUUGGAAAGCCAAUGACUGCAGUUGAGUUGUUGGGUUUGAGGGUUUUAUAGGAAGAAAUGAUUCUUUCAGCGCUUUUAACUUCUGUUGGGAUCAAUCUUGGGCUUUGCUUCUUGUUUUUUGCACUAUAUUCUAUUUUGAGGAACCAGCCAGGUAACAUCACAGUAUAUUCGCCUCUUUUGUUUAAUGAAAGAAAAGCUCAGCAGCAGGAUGAAUUCAACUUGGAAAGAUUGCUACCAUCUCCUGGUUGGGUGAAAAGGGCAUGGCAGCCCUCUGAAGAUGAAUUAUUGUCAAUAACAGGCUUGGAUGCUGUUGUGUUUAUGCGCAUGUUUAUCUUCUGUGUGAAAGUGUUUACCUUUGCCUGUAUCAUUGGAAUCUUUAUUCUUCUGCCAAUUAACUUUUUGGGGAACCAGUUAGUAGAUGAUUUUUCUGAUUUGCCAAAGAAAUCUCUGGAUUCUUUCAGUAUUUCAAAUGUCGAUGAUGGUUCAAACAGGUUAUGGAUUCACUUUUGUGCUGCCUAUGUUUUCACUGGAGUUGUCUGCUAUCUCCUUUAUUGUGAGUAUAACUAUAUUUCAUUGAAAAGAAUUGCCUACUUCUAUUCUUCCAAACGUCAGCCACAUCAGUUUACAAUAUUAGUUCGUGGUAUUCCUGCCCCAUCUGGGAGCAGCUUCAGUCAAACUGUUGAGAACUUUUUUAUCGAGUAUCAUCCUUCAACUUAUCUUUCACACACAGUGGUUCGUCGAACAAGCAAGAUUCAAAGUCUUAUUAAUGAUGCAGAAAAGCUAUAUAGAAAGCUUGGUAAUUUAAAAGCAAGCAACUCUCAACAAAGGUUUAUGCGUGAUGGAUUUUUGGGACUCUUUGGACGAAAAGUUGAUAUUGCAGACCACUAUGAGAAGAAGCUGCAAGAUAUAGAAGACAAUGUGAGACUAGAACGAUCGUCAUUGGCAGGAGAGGAAGUUCCUGCAGCUUUUGUGUCAUUUAAGUCAAGGUUUGGUUCUGCAAUAGCUUUGCACAUCCAGCAAGGGAUUAAUCCCACGGAGUGGGUUACCGAGCGAGCUCCUGAGCCCAAAGAUGUUUACUGGCCUUUCUUUUCUGAAUCAUUUAUGAAAAGAUGGAUCUUCAAGAUAGUGGUGGUUGUUGCAUAUAUUGCUCUUACAAUUCUAUUUCUUAUUCCAGUUGUAGUAGUGCAAGGUCUCACUCAUCUAGAUCAGCUGGAGACUUGGCUCCCCUUUCUAAAAGGCCUACUGAGUUUGACUUUCGUUGGUGAUUUGGUUACAGGAUAUCUCCCAAGUCUCAUUCUUCACUUGUUCCUAUCUGUUGUGCCACCUAUUAUGAUAUUCUUCUCGUCUAUGCAAGGAUAUAUAUCCCACAGUCAAAUAGAGAAAAGUGCAUGUACAAAGCUGCUAUGGUUUACCGUGUGGAACAUUUUCUUUGCAAAUGUACUAUCAGGAUCAGCACUUUAUCUGGUCAAUGUCUUCCUUGAGCCCAAGAAAAUUCCCAGCGUGCUAGCUGAAGCUGUUCCAGCACAGGCAUCAUUCUUCAUUGCCUAUGUUGUGACGUCUGGAUGGACCAGUCUAUCUUCAGAACUUUUUCGCCUGUUUCCUCUUCUUUGCAGUUUCAUGAAAAGACUAUUUGUGGGGAAAGAUGAUGAUGAUGAUUUUGAGGUUCCUCAAAUGCCUUACCACAGUGAAAUUCCCAGGGUUCUCUUCUUUGAAAUUCUUGGUGUUACUUACUUCUUCCUUGCUCCACUAAUUCUGCCAUUCCUUUUGGUUUAUUAUUGCCUAGGAUACAUCAUCUAUCGCAACCAGUUCUUGAAUGUAUAUGCACCCAAGUACGAAACUGGUGGGAAGUUUUGGCCAAUUGUGCACAAUUCAACAAUUUUUUCCUUAGUGCUGAUGCAUAUUGUUGCGAUUGGAAUAUUUGGGCUUAAGAAACUUCCUCUAGCAUCCAGUUUAACUAUCCCUCUUCCAGUUCUCACCCUUAUAUUCAAUGAAUACUGCCGAAAGAGAUUCCGGCCUAUUUUCAAGGCUUAUCCUACUGAGUGUUUGAUAAAGAAAGAUAGAGAAGACCAGAAUGAUCCAACCAUGACUGAAUUUCUUGAAAAAUUAGCCACUGCAUAUCAGGAUCCAGCUUUGAUGCCAGUCCAAUAUUCAAGAAGUGCUGAUGGGCGCAGCUCUCCCCUUCUUCGUGCUGUUGAAGUUUAAAAAACGUACAAGCAAGAAAGUCUGCUACAAAAGCAACAGAAGGCAAAGGUCUCACCAAACCAGACAAGAACAAGUUAGUCUGUAAAACCUUGGGUCUUUUUGGAAUCAAAAGUUGGCAGCAAACAAAAAGCAGUAUCUUGUCCUUCUCUUGAAAUGGUCAAUAGGAGGCUAACAAUUUUGCAUUUUAUUGCAACUUUGAACGAAUUGUUUAUAGCUGCAAAUCCCUUCUUGAUGACUUCUAUAAUGAAUAGAUCAACUGAUUCUUGGGUCA